AUGUCAACGCCAGUAAUACUAUACAUCAUAUUUGUCAUCCUGCCCACAUGCUUCGGUGUGGAUCUCACCUACUACGUGGAGGAGGGAAAGAACCCAGGCACCUACCUGGGCGACAUCGCAGCAGACACACAUUUAAUGGAUAGUGUCAUUCCCGAAGAACAGCAGCUGGUUACAUUUAGCCAGCUUCACAAAGGCGCACCGGGCAAUUCUCAGCUGUUUCGAGUGUCCAAAGAAACGGGCAAGUUUUACACGGCCCAGAUGUUGGAUGCCGAAACCCUGUGCAAACACAACACUGAGUGUUUCGAAAUCGUCAAGGUGGCCAUUAGGCGGGCCGAGACCUUCAUGAAAAUCGUCAAAGUCAAAGUUAUGGUGAAGGACGUCAACGACCACCAACCAGAAUUUCCUAAACAGCAAGUGGACAUCGAGUUCUCUGAGGGUGAUAUCAUGGGCACGAAGAUCUCCAUCCCAAAUGCAAUCGACAGGGACGUCGGUGUACUUAACUCGCAGAUAACGUAUCAGUUGAAGAAAGACAUGUAUGAGCCUUUCACGUUAUCGGUAUCGAAAAGCGUUGAUGGCACGUCCGACUUGAGUAUCAUUUUAGAAGAGAGGCUCGACAGGGAAGUGAAAGAUUCAUAUGUUAUUCAGGUAAUUGCAAGAGACGGUGGGUCACCCCCAAAACAAAGUGUUUUAGAUGUGCAUAUCUCUGUCACUGACGUAAAUGAUAACCCGCCUGUGUUUUCCCGCAACGUUUACAAUGUUUCCAUAAAGUAUGAACACGAGGAAGCAAUACCUGUAACCAUUUUGUCUGCUAGGGAUUCUGACACGGACAAGAAUAGCCGAAUUUCCUAUCACUUCAGUCCCAAGACGUCGGAACUUUCUAAGUCUCAUUUCAAGGUAAAUGAAGUUACUGGCGAGAUUUUUUUGCAAAAGAAAUUUACAUCGAAACAGAAGCUCUCAUACAAAUUAUACGUGAGGGCGACUGAUGGUGGAAAUCCGCCGCUGAGUUCCAUCGCUAUGGUUAUUGUGAAUGUAGUCAACCAACAAAACAACGCUCCAACUAUUGAUGUCAAUUUUGUCUCAGGGUCUACAGACAACACAGCGUCUAUUUCGGAAGAUAUCAAGGUUGGAAGUUUUAUAGCGUAUGUUAUGGUUACUGAUUACGACUCCGGUAAAAAUGGAGAAGUCAGCUGUAAUUUGCAGCAUAACAAAUUCCAACUUUUAAGUCUCGGCAGAACUGAAUGGAAAGUGACUGUAAAGAGCCCACUUGACCGUGAAACCCAAGAUCAUCAUGAUAUUACCAUAAACUGCCAAGAUAAAGGGUCACCACCCUUGCAUACGGAGAGCAAGUUCGCGAUUGAAGUCAUCGAUGUUAACGAUGUACGUCCUCGGUUUACAAAAGAGACGUUGAAGUUCUGGAUUUACGAGAACCAAAAGUCUAACUUCCCUGUGGGAGCCGUUAACGCCAGUGAUCCGGAUUUGGGUCCCGGAGGAAAAUUAAGCUAUUCACUGUUAACUGACAAGAAAAACUUCCUACCUUUUCAAAUUACCGAUCGGGGGCUUAUUUCGACGGUUAUGUCGCUUGAUUACGAAUUUCAGCAUAGCUACAAGUUUCAGGUUUUCGUCAAGGACAAUGGCGUCCCAUCGUUGAACAACACGGUGAAUGUCAGCGUCGAAAUCAGGGAUGAAAACGACAAUGCUCCAUAUUUCACGUUUCCCAGUGUCAAUCCGUUCACCCUGGACGUCCUUUACUACCCACGUCACUCCAACAACAUCACAGUCCUCAAAGCCUCCGACAGCGACAGUCGCGAAAAUGCGUUUUUAAGAUACGACAUAACCAGUGGCAACGACAAGCAGCUUUUCGCUGUCAACCCUUACACUGGUCUGUUGUCGUUCACCAGGGUGGUCACUCAAUACGAUACUGGGUCUUACGAUCUCCAAUUUGUCGUUAAGGAUAGCGGCACACCAGUCUUAUCGGCCACAACAACUUUAUUAAUGAUGUUAACAGUGACCAACAGGUCGUCUGAAAUGCUGGACGUUGUCAUUUCACAAUCCGAGGAAAGAAUACACCUCCACUUACUGAUUGUCAUUGUCGUGGUGUCUGUCAUACUGUCGGUCCCUAUUACAGCUGCCAUGUCGAUAUGCAUCGUGCGUUGUAAGGACCAAGGGAAUUCUCCGCGCAGAACUGAAGGCGGGGCUUCCAUCAAGUCUAUUAACGAACAAGGGCAUUACAUGUGCCCUUCUCAUAAUGCCACAUACUGGACAAGUGGGAAUGUGGACCUAACCCCAGAAAGGUCCGCUUCCUGCAACACCUUCCCGUCCACCUCAAAGAGGGGACUCUACCCAGUCGAUGAGUUAAGUCAUGGGCGAAAAGGGACAAAGUUCCAGGGUACUAGCGACAGUGUAUAUCAGGAACUUGGAGGGACUUCUUGCGGUGAUGAAAGUGAACACAGGCAAUUUAUGAUUCCUGACAGUGAAAAUGAGGAUGGCUGGAAUGAGGAUACUGGACAUGGUAACGAGGGACUAGAUCCAUUUGCUCCCCAGUGCUAUAAACCCCAUUCAUCAAUAACAACCCAAUUCCAGAACAUUUCAAAGAGACCCUCACAACAGACAUUUUUCCAUCCGGGGGGUGGCAAUCCCACAUCCUCUCGGUCUUCAUAUAAACCAAGUGUUGGCCACAUCCCUGAUUGUAGUCAGUGGAUUGAUCUAAAACCAACCACGUGUAUAGAUCACUCGUCUAACCAGAGCACAGCUAGCAAAAUGACUUAA